ACCAUCUAGGCUACGAAAAGUCCCUCACCCACCAGCAGCGUAACAAACAAAGGCCCUGAUAACACGAUCCAUGGUGCUGUACACAUACAACCCACCACCGAGAUCCGCUGUAAUAGGUUCCAUCGGCAUCAGCGCGUAAGCCACGAUGGAAUCAUUCUUUUUUUUCUUCUAGGCUAUCGCCGCUCCAUCUUAUCUUCGGUCGCAGGUACAUUAGCUUUCUCACCUAAUAUUCCAAUUUUUCCCGGCGCACCGCGUCCCAUAGCGCAGUCUUUAGCGUGCCCUUAGCCCUGCAACACUCAACAUCAUAUCGCAACCGGCGAUUCUCCACCAAUCACCAUCCCGCAGGCGUCUCACCAAAAUCCCCGUUCGCCGGACUUACCGAGGGAAGCGGCGGCGAUCUACAAUACCUGAUUGGCUGCGGUGAAACUCCGGCAAUCGGGGACCCGACGAUGCGGCUUUCAGGGCCAAGUGCCCGGCACGGAGUUUGGUAGCAUCGAGAGAUUUCUUGUUUUCCAGGACCGGAAAUGGCAUAGAAGCUCUCAUCUUUCGGGUUGCUGCCUGGAAUGUCUGACUCCGUAAUAGUGACAUUUCGAUGGGUAAUCUUCGCUUCAAAAAGUCAUCGGGUCGUGGACCCGCGGUAUGACGCCGUAGCCGCCCGCACGUAUAUAAGUCGUCCGGGACCUCACUGUGAUUUUUUGUUUUCUUCUAGUGUCUCGUCAAAUUUGGUUCCCUAAGGAUUGAUUUACUAGAACUAGAACAAAAUGCAGUUCUCUACUAAGAUCGCCGCCGCCGCCGCCCUCAUGGCUGGCCUGGCCGUUGCUGCCCCUCACCCCACGGCCAACAAGGACUUUGAUCCCAACGACUACAAGAAGAACUUUGUCACCUGCAAGGCCGCCGAGCGCGGCAGCUUGACGCCCCUCAAUAUCGACCUCAAGCUUGCUUACCUCGACAUCAACCCCACUGCCGAAAAGGUCAUUGUCAUGUCCCACGGCUGGCCGUCUGCCUGGACUACCUACCGCAACCAGAUCCUGUCGCUAGGCAAGGACUACCGCCUCAUUAUCCCCGAGCACCGCGGCUACGGCGACUCGCAGCACCCUCACGACCUGUUUGAGUCCAACACCAUGCCCGACUUUGUCAACGACUUCCUCUGCAUCAUGGACCACGCCAAGGUCGACGCCGGUAUCUGCAUGGGCAACGACUUUGGCGCCCAAGUUUGCUGGGAGGCCGGCCGCAUGCGCCCCGACCGCUUCAUUGGCGUCUUCAACGCCGUCGUCCCCUACGUCUCGUCCGAGUUUGACUUUGUCCCUACCGAGAAGCUUGUCGAGCUUGCCCCCGGCUUCGGAUACCAGCUGUACCUGUCCAACAACGCCAGCGGCGGUGCUGCCGAGAUGGACGCCGACCCGCGCAGCGCCAUCCGCUCAUGCGCCCAGGUCGCUGACACCAAGGUUCCCGAGAAGUUCCUCAAGGACACCACCAGCUUCCUCGACGCAUGGAAGGAGGACAACAAGAAGAACAACCGCACCGAAAUCCCCUUCUCCGGCAUCAUGUCCAAGAAGGUCGAGGACUACAUGGUCGAGACUUACAAGAAGCAGGGCUUCUACAACAGUAUGUGAAAAUACCGAAAAAGAAAAUGCAAAUUGCUAACAGUCGUACCAAGCCUACAACGGUUACCAGCGCCGCAACCGCUACGAUACCUGGCAGUUUGAGCGUGCCCAGGGCAACUACACGCUCAGCCAGCCCACCUUCACCCUCUACCCCGUCCACGACCCUGUCGCCCGCUGGGAUCUUGUCGCUACCGCCCUUGGCUCGUCCAAGUACCUCACGAACCACUACAACAAGACCAUUGAGACUGCUCACUGGCCUCAGGAGGAGAAGCCUGAGGAGUACGACGCCAUCUUCCGCGAAUGGGUUGGCAACGUCACCUUCCCUUCGUCGAAGAAGAACUAAGCAGGCUGCUUGGUGUUUCUUUUUUUGCGUUGUGGGAUCAGGACAAGCAAUUUUAGAGAUAUGUGCCAUGUAUUUUUAUAGAAGUAUUAAUGUAAUGAUAAUCUUUCGUGAAAUUGAGCCGUGUGUAUGGGGUCGUGUUGAUCUUAAGAAACCGUGAUGCUGUAUAUUGCAUAGUGAUUGUGCAGAGAGAGUUUCACGCAUAGAAGCUAGUGAAUAAAAUGUUCAUAUGUCAUUCCAGGUGUAUAGGGGGGUAUAAGGUUACUUCGUUUAUUUAUACAAGUCAUGAAUAAUAUGCAAAUUUUAUGCCCUUUGUUUUAUCCAAGAAAAAAGAAGAGCGUCCGACACAUUGAGGUCCAAAGAAUGGGUUGCGGAAAGAGAAAAGAGAAAAUGGAAAAUGCACGAGGAGGUUGGGAGCAGCAGCACGAAGCCGCUGCUUACCAGACACCAGGGAUCUUCUCGCCGGGAGCCAAUCUCCUGGUGGUAGCGUUCUUAUGGAAAUCAAGGUUGUUCUCGACGACAUCGUUACCCCACCAUUUAAGAGUAGGGGUGCCAGACAAGCCCAGACCAAGACCGACAAUGACGACGCAAAGAGCGGUACCAAUGUCGAGAGCUCCGGAAAGAACAUAGGUGUACUGAGUCCACCAGCCACGGUACAGGCGGCGAAUGACAACGUUGAAGGCGAGACCAACCCAGCACCAGAUGAACAAGUUCCAAGUAGUGGCAGGGGGGAUUUGGCCGGCGGCACCGAAAAUGGCGGGAAACACGACGUAGCGGACCCAGGAGCGAGGGUACUUGCGGGCAAUGAGGAACUGGAUCAAGGGACAUAGGAAGCCAAUGAGCCAGAAGUAGUUGCACCACGAGUAGAGGGCACCGGCGCCAAAGACAAUCUUGGGACCAAUGACACCCCAAAUGACGGAGGCGUUGUAAAAGGUGACGGCAGUGGGGCAAGUAAGACCUUGAGGCUGAUCGUCGGUGCAGAUACCCUCGAUGUUGCCCAUGAGGAAGUUGUAGGUGCAGAUCUGCACAAUAGACAGCCAGACGACGGCAAAGGCCUGGGCAGCAAAGGUCGAGCGAGGGGGGAUCUUCAUGUAGUGGCCAACCUUCAUGUCGGAGACGUAGGUGAGACCGUUGUAGGCCAGCAUGUAACCCCACGACUUGAACAACAUCAUGGCAACGGGGCGACCAGGCAGCAUGUAACCGAAAAUCAUUUCCGUAACAAUGUUGAGACCGACCUGCUGGUUGGUGAUGGCUUGAAUGAUACCAAUGGGAAUGAAGAGGGCGCUACCAAUGAGAAUAGCAAUGAUGUACGACCACCAGGGCAUGUGAGUUGGCCAGACCUGCGAGGCAAUGAGACCAAAGGCAAAGUUGACGGCGAAAAUAGCCAUGAACCACCACUCGGGGGCCUCCUUGUACUUGCGCAUGAGCUUCAUGUGAACGUCGUCCUCUUCACUGCGGCUGUCGCGGGCGCGUCUCCAAACGUCGGGUCCGUAGAAGAGGGCAAUGUGGGUAAUGGUGGCCAUGAGAGCAGCGAAGCCGAAACCGUAGGAGAGCGAAAAGGCUGGUCCAAUGAGAAUGGGAGAGUAGGCUUCGUACUUUUCCAUGUUGAUGGUGUACUCGGGGAUGUUCAUAAUUCGUGAGACGUUGUACUUUUGAGCAAAAUGAUCAAAGUUCUUGUUGGCAGAGAGAGGCAAGUACUUGAACAGCUCGGGACCGCCCCAGUUGAGACCAAUACAGCCGAUGGCGACGAGGAAGACACCAAAGGUGACAUUGACAAUGGCGAAGGCGGGUGUCUGGAGCGGCGAGCCCAAGAAACCAGUGACGACAGACCAGUCAAAGGAG